AUUUAUUUGAUUAUAUCUAAUCAAUGCUAAACUGUCCUCUUUAAUUGAAACAAUGACUGUAUUCGAUUAUUUAAAGAGGAAAAAGGUUUUAAUAAUUUUUGUAAUAGUAUGCUGUUAUCCAGCUUUAACCAAACUACCAGUUCACAUUGUGAAUUUAUUUCAAAUAGAUAUACCAGAUUUUAAUAUGGAACAAGAGGAUUCUAUGAAUUAUUGCAGAAGACCUGAAUUAAAAUUAUGGCCAAGAGAUGUAAGAGAUAUAAAUACUCCACCUAAACGAUCAGUAUGUAAGUCUAGUAAUACUGAAUGGAUACAAGCUAAUAACGGAAUAUUAAGAUUUACUAAAGUUGGAUUACGUAAUCGAAAUAAGACUAUAUGUAAUAUUCAUAUUAUUGAUACGAGAGAGGAUAGUGAGAGUUUACCUAAUAUGUUUAGAGAGACUUUUAUUAUUAAAACCUUGAACUUUAAAGAUGGUAUGAAUGUUCCAUCUGACAUUUACUCAAUUAAAUGUUCCCAUUUGAAUCAGACUCUUGUAUACGAGUCAACGAAUACCAAUCAUCCGUACGAAAAUCUCUAUUUGAAUAUAAAGCGUCAUAAUAAUAUCUCAUUAACGCCUCCACCAUUGUUAAAGCAUGCUGAACCAAAAUGGAAUAUUUUAAUUUGGUGCUUUGAUUCUUUAUCUAAACUGAGUUGGCAUAGAUAUCUACCGGAAACGGUUAAUACUUUUGAAAAGUUUGAUGGAAUUUGGAUGAAGCAUAUGAAUGCUUUAGGUAAAGCUUCCAUUACGAAUAUUCAACCUCUUUUAACUGGUACAUUUGAGAAAGAAGUACAUCCGGGUUAUAGAACUUGGGAUAAAUCUUGUUUUAUAGAUAAUCUUCCCUGGAUAUGGAAUCCACUUAAGAAAUUAGGCUACGCUACUCUUUUUGGAGAUUGUUCAACUUUUAAUAGGAGAUAUAUGGGUUUUGAAUAUAAGCCCACACACCAUUAUAUUAGACCUUGGAUGAUGCAAGUUGAAAAGGAAAAGCAUAAACAUGAAAGAUAUUGUAUUAAUUCUAAGAAGAGAAUUUCGAUAAUUCAUGAUUAUAUAAAAGAGUUUUGGGACGUUUACAAAGAUAAUCCAAAGUUUGCUUUUGUUAAUUAUAAGGAAAUGUCUUAUGGGAAUUUUGUAGAUAUUCAAUUGGCUGAUAAAUAUCAAAAAAUAUUUUUAGAAGAUAUGAAAUCAUCGGGAAAGUUAGAUAAUACAAUUGUUAUCUUUAUGUCUGAUCAUGGAACUAAAAGAGGAAUAUUUAAGAGAACAAAACAAUCUAAUUAUGAAUUGUUAAAUCCAUAUUUUGGUAUUAUUGUACCAACAUUAUUCAAAUUAUUACAUCAAAAGGAAUCUGAAAAUCUAUUAAAUAAUAUUGAUAAAAUGAUAACGCCAUUUGAUGUUCAUGCCAUGCUGUCGGAUAUUGUUGAUAUGGUUUCUGAUAAAAGCUUAAAAGUUCCUAUACAUCCUGGUUCAAUUAGUCUAUUUAACAAAAUUAAACAUAGUCGAAAAUGUGCAGAAGCUAAUAUUAAACAAAGAUUUUGCUCUUGUAACGAAAAUAAGAAAGUAAACGUUACAGAUGACAUUGUUGAUACAAUUGCAAAUCUUAUGAUUAAAAAUAUUACAGAAAGAUUAAAACCUGUUCAGAGUCAAUGUUCUAAAUUAAAGCUUUUAAGAAUACAUAAAGCGUCUUUAAGCGUCUAUAAUAGACUUUUAAAUAGAAUAAGAGAUUUUAAAACUAAAGAAUAUAACUAUAAUAUAAAAUUUAUCAUUGACCAAGUUGGUGUGAUGUACGAUGGGUCAGCUAACGUUAAGAUAAGGAAUAAGUCCAAUAGACCUUUCAUAACGAUAACAAAUAUAAAUAGAUAUCAUGGCUAUGGUAAUUAUGAAAAUGUGGCAUGCCUAAGUGACGAAUAUGCGUUCUUAUCUCCAUUCUGUUUUUGUAAAUAA